AAUAUUGCGCCCGUAGCUUAUCAAGAAACUUAUGACAAUGCAGGGCUUAUUGUAGGUAACGCUUAUACCGAUUUGACUGGCGUUUUAGUCUGUUUGGAUUCUAUCGAAAAUGUUGUUGACGAAGCUAUUGCAAAAAAUUGUAAUCUCAUCAUUGCACACCACCCCAUCAUUUUUAAAGGCUUAAAACGGCUCAAUGGCAAGAAUUAUGUCGAAAGAACAGUUAUCAAAGCUAUAAAACACGAUAUUGCCAUUUAUGCCAUACAUACCAACUUAGAUAAUGUAUAUGAAAAUGGGGUAAAUACCAAAAUUGCCGAAAAAUUGGGGCUGAAAAAUACCCAUAUUUUGUCGCCUCGACAAGGGCUGCGCAAAUUGUCAGUACUGGUUGGUGCAACCCAAGCAGAGCAAGUAAAAAAAGCAAUGUUUGAGGCAGGCGCAGCUAUUGCCCACAAUAUUGUUGCCAUCGAAAACAAUCAUCAUACCGUUGGAGCAGGGCUAAUCGGGUCGUUAGAGCAAGCAGUAGAAGAACAGGAUUUUUUGUAUUUUUUAAAAAAUACCAUGAAAACAGGCUGUGUACGUCACACGCAUUUUUUAGAAAAAAAGAUUCAAAAAGUGGCAAUUUGUGGCGGUUCGGGAGGUUUUUUGCUGUCUCAAGCAAUUGCGCAAGGGGCAGAUAUAUUUAUCACAGCAGAUUACAAAUAUCACGAAUUUUUUGAUGCUGACGGGCAGAUUCUUAUUGCAGACAUUGGACAUUAUGAAAGCGAACAAUUUACCAUCGAAUUAAUUGCUGAAAUUAUCUCUAAAAAAUUU